AUGCAUCAACCAGCCCUGGUCACGGUUGCUGUUCUGCUCUUCUCUCUUACCACUGUCUAUGGGGGGAACGUGCUGGUCUUCCCAUUGGAUGGAAGCCACUGGGUGAAUAUGAAAGUCCUCAUCGAAGAGCUGCACUCCAGAGGCCAUAGCAUCACAGUGAUUCGUCCAACCACCAACUGGUACAUCAAUGAGAAAUCCCCUCACUACUCGUGCAUUACCAUCCCAGUAUCUGGUGGUGGAUUUGUUGAGGAGGUCUUUAGUUUGUUUGUGACCAGACAAUUGCAGAUCCAAAGGGAGGGCGGAGGUUUCUGGUCUCGUAUGAGUCUGGAGCUUGAGGUGGUGAAGCAGUUCUAUGAGUUACACAAGGAAUUGGUUGUAAUGAUGACUAUGAUAUUCGAAGAUGCCGAACUAAUGCAUUCACUUCGCGAUGCAAAAUUUGACCUGGUUUUGACGGAUCCUGCCAUUGGUGGGGGCGUGUUUCUGGCUCAUCGCAUUGGUCUUCCUCUCGUCUUCAAUGUCCGAUGGACAGUUCAGGGCGAGGGUCACUUUGCCAUAGCCCCCUCGCCUCUCUCAUAUGUCCCAUUGCCAGGAGCACUGUUGACAGACAAAAUGACUUUUCAAGAGAGAGUCAUAAAUGUUCUGUUUUAUCUUUUUACAAGGUUUCAAAUUGCAUACGUCAUAGACCCUAACUACAUUCCGUUCGUCCAUCGUUACUUCGGCCCUGACGUUCACUACAUGUCAUUGUUCCAGGCAGCAGACAUAUGGCUCAUGAGGAAUGACUUUACCUUUGAGUUUCCACGGCCCACCAUGCCAAACGUGGUCUACAUGGGCGGUUUCCAGUGCAAGCCCUCGAAGCCGCUUCCUCAGGACAUGGAGGACUUUGUCCAGAAGUCUGGGGACCAUGGGGUCAUCAUGAUGUCCCUGGGGACCUUGGUGGGACAACUUCCUGAGGACAUCGCUGAGGACAUCGCAGCAGCUUUCGCCAAACUGCCUCAGAGGAUCGUCUGGAGGCACACUGGGAAGAGGCCCACCUCUGUGGGCAACAACACCUUACUAGUGGAUUGGCUCCCCCAGAACGACCUCCUUGGACACCCCAAGACCCGAGCCUUUGUUGCCCACGGUGGAACCAAUGGAGUCCAGGAGGCCAUCUACCAUGGUGUCCCUAUUGUCGGCCUCCCAUUGGUCUUCGACCAGCAAGACAACCUCAAUAGGAUGAGGGCUAAGGGAGUGGCUAAAAUAGUGGACAUCGCCACCGUAGACAGAGACAUCUUCCUGGAGGCAGUGAAGGCUGUUCUCUAUGAGCCGACCUACAGGGAGAACAUGCAGAGGCUAUCCAGGCUGCACAGGGACCAGCCCAUGAAACCACUGGACCGCGCCAUGUUCUGGAUUGAGUUUGUCAUGAGGAACAAAGGAGCGGCACAUCUGAGGACAGAGUCUUAUAAGAUGUCCUGGUUCACCUACCACUCUGUUGACGUCGUAGCAACGCUACUGGCCAUUGUGUUGCUCAUAAUGCUGGUUAGCACUUUAGCUGUAAGGUUUUUGUGGCAUAAGGUGUCUUGUAGGAGGAAAGUGAAACAUGAAUGAUAUGUAUUAAUGAAUAUUAAUAUGUUAUCAAAUCAUCAUUGAUAAAAUAUUCUAAAUAUGUUUUGAUGGUAUUCUUCCUACCAUCAAUAAGAUGGUCACACUCCUUAAUGUGGGUAUUUGAAACAAUACAGUUGGUUACUUUUGGCAAUA